AUGACGAUCAUCACUCCCCUGUAUAGUAUGGUCAACCGUCUGGGCCAGAUGGUCUUGAAAGAAGGUUCAGAGCCCUCUCCACAAGCCCACUUCGAGUUAUUGCGAAUGAUCAAUCAGCUGAGAUCUGCAGUGGAGACGCCGACAGAGACUGUGCUGCGUCUCAUUUACCAGCCUCCUCAAAAUGCCGCAUUGCGUGUCGUCAUUGAUUUGGGGAUUUUUGCCUUGCUCGUGGACAAGCGGCAUAAAGAUACUGGACUCUCGGCUGCUCAGCUAGCUGAGUGUACGGGUGCAGAUCAGGAUCUGAUUGUUCGCCUGAUGCGCGUUAUGGCUUCUCUUGGACUAUGCAACACCCCGGCCCCGGAAGUCUAUAUUGCCAAUGAGAAGACAGGAGCCCUCACUCAGCCGAUUGGGAGAGAUGGUAUUCCCUGCAUAUACGAUCUUACCCUUCCCACACUGAGCAAGCUUCCGGAAUACUUCCGUACCCAUGGUUAUGUCAACCCCCAGGAUUAUACUCGGUCGCCGAUGAAAUGGGCGGUUGGUCAGAGCCAGUUUGAAUGGCUUUCAAGUCAUGCGGAGCACCAAGAGCUGUUCAACUCAUAUAUGGCUAGUCGUCGCGAAGGUAAACCGAUGUGGUUCGAUAUAUAUCCCGUUGACCGACUAUUUGGCGAUGCGGUUCCCUACACAGAUACCGUCUUCUUGGUGGAUAUCGGCGGCAACCAAGGGCACGAUUUGAGCAAAUUUCGCAGGGAAUAUGGCCAUUUGCCGGGCAGAAUGGUGCUACAAGACUUGCCCAGCGUGGUUGAGGGGGUAGAUGGUAAAGGCGCAGGGAUCGAGGUGAUGGGGUACAGCUUCAUGGAACCUCAGCCUGUGAAAGGUGCCCGCGUGUACUACUUCCGUUCCAUCUUUCAUGACUGGGACGAUCACAUCAGCCGAGAAAUUCUCCGAAAUACAAUGUCUGCGAUGGCGCCCGAUUAUUCGCGAAUUCUCAUUGUGGAUUUCGUUCUGCCAGACACCGAGACACCUUUGAUGCAGGCUUCCCUCGAUAUUCAGAUGAUGAGCAUAGGAGCUGGCAUUGAACGGUCGGAACAACAGUGGAGAGAUCUCCUACACAGUGCUGGAUUGGAGAUCACUGGAAUUUGGAAUAAGAGCCCCGCGAUGGAGUCGGUGAUUGAAGCAGUUCCGAUAGGAUCCAAGAAAUAG